AUGCUAGUUCUCUACGAACUGAGAGGGUUGCUGACUCCUAGCAAAGUGUCUGCAAACUCCGGGGGCAUGGACAGCAUUGCGGUGACUUGGCAGCCUCCCAGGAAAACUGCCUCUACUGUUCAAGAGUACGUGGUGGAAUGGAGGGAACUCCAUCCACGGGGCCACAUGCAGCCCCCUCUAAACUGGCUGCGGACUCCCCCCUCCAAUGUGAGCGCUCUGAUUUCAGAGAACAUUAGACCCUACACCUGUUAUGAAAUCCACGUGUAUGCACUGUCAGGGGGCCAAGGAGGAUGCAGCUCCAUCCUGGGUAACUCCAAGCACGAAGCACCACUGAGUGGUCCCCACAUUAAUGCCAUCACAGAGCAAAAGGGAAGCAUUUUAAUUUCAUGGAACAACAUUCCAGCCCAGGAGCAAAUGGGCUGCGUCCUCCAUUACAGGAUAUACUGGAAGGAACGGGACUCCAAUUCCCAACCUCAGCUCUGUGAAAUUCCUUAUAGAAUCUACCAAAAUUCACAUCCAAUAAACAGCCUGCAGCCUGGAGUGACAUAUGUCCUGUGGAUGACAGCUCUGACAGCUGCUGGUGAGAGUCCCCAAGGAAAUGAGAGGGAAUUUCGUCUUCGAGGUAAAGCCAAUUGGAAUGCAUAUGUGGCACUGAGCAUUUGCAUUGCUAUCAUCAUGGUGGGCAUUUUCUCAAAGCGUUACUUCCGGCAAAAGAUAUUUGCUCUCCUUUCAGCCCUCAAACCUCAGUGGUGCAGCAGAGAAAUUCCAGAUCCAGCAAAUAGCAAAUGGGCCAAGAACUAUCCCUUUAUAGAGGAGAAGAUGCAACUGCACUUGCACAGGCUUCUGACAGCCUGGCCCUCUUCUGAGGAACCUGAGCCCCUGGUCAUCAAUGAAGUCUUUCAUCAAAUGAUUCCAGUCUUCAGACAUCCCCAUGACCCCAACUGGCCACAAAGGGGACAAGUACUGCAAGGUCACUGUAUGUCUGAGGAAGAUACAAUGUACAGUGCUUCAAGCCCACCAGCUCCAAGAGCUGUCACAGCUGAGAUGAGACAACUAGUGGAUCUGUACAAGGUGCUGGGGAGCAGGGGCCCUGACUCAAAGCCGGGAAACCCAGCCAGUCCUUUGACAGUCCUCCCAGGGGACUACCUUCCCACCCAUGAGGGCUACUUACCCUCCAACAUAGAUGAUCUCCCUUCACAUGAGGCUCUGCUCACUGACCCUCUGGAAGAACAGGAACCUCAGCACAUUUCUCUUUCUGUUUUCCCCUCAAGUUCCCUUCGCCCACUCACCUUUUCCUGUGGGGAGAAGCUGACUCUGGAUCAAUUAAAGAUGGGGUGCGAUUCCCUCAUGCUGUGAGUGGUGAGGUUUGGAGCCCAGAAGAUCAACGUGCCCCAACCAGCACAACAUACCCCAUCUACCCAGCCCUUGACUCCAGUGGCCAUCAUCUCUGGGUACUACCCUCAGGUCUGGCUGCAGGUAGCGGGCAGGCAAGCCAGCUCGGGUGAGACUCGGGAACUGAGAGUUGGCCUUUACCCAGAUACCUCGUCUUGCCUUCCGCAGAGCCUUAAGAGUACAUCCUCCACCGAGUGGACCUAGAUACUCCAACCUGGGUUCCUGGCAACUUUCUUGGCUAUGCUGGCCAAAAAGGGAAAAGGGGAGGAGAGUAGAAACCAGCUUUUAUUAGUAAUGAAACAGUCCAGAGGACCAUUUGUGCAACAACUAUUUAUAAAGCACCUAUACUAUACCAGGCCUUAUACGCUAGAUCAGUACUGUCCAAUAGAACUUUCUGAGAUGAUAGAAAUGUUCUACACGUGCACUGUCCAAAACAAUAGACAUUAAGCCACAUUGGCUGUUAACCACUUGGAAUGUGUCUAAUGUGACUGAGGAAGUGAAUUUUGAUUGUAAUUAAAUUUAAACAGCCACUUGUGGCUAGUGGUACUGUAUUGGAGAGCACAGCUCUAGAUGGUAAAUACACCAGCGAGAAUUACAGGGAGUCUUUGAAACAAAUCAGCCUAGGUUUAUGGAUAAGGACAUAAGACACUGAUGAACACCAAUAUAAAGGGGGCCCAGAAUGAUGACGACUAUACCUUUUUCUUAAUUUUCCUAGUUUUUUGUAAUUUCUUGUUUUAUUUUGCCUUCACCGUCUUUCAGUGAAUCAAGGAGGGUUUAGAGUUACCAUAAAUCCACCAUAGGCCCUUGAGUAAGCUCAAUUCCCCUUCUGAAUCUCGGAAGUCUUGUAAGGGGCUGGACCUAUGGCUCUCUGACCCCUUGUUUCCUUAUUCUGCAGCAGCAGGUGCUGCCUUCAGGCCAGGGCUGUCUUAGGGUCUAAGAGCCCAACAUCCAAGUUUGUACCACAGGUUGUCCUCUACUCUCAAAGGGAUUCUGCUUUCAUUCCCUAAGAAGAUUCUAAGCUGGUCCUCAGAUAGCUCAAGUUGAACCUGGAAGAUAAUUCUCUUUUCUGCAGUAUGAACUUGGAACAUAGUUACAUGUUUUGCUCCUUCAAGUCUGUGGCCCCUGGCUUGUCACCCUCCCCUGGCCCAUUGCUGCCUCUGUCCCUUCACUAGGCUGAUAGAGAAGAGUCUUGGUCUAAAUUGGUAAUAGUGCCCUUCCCAAAAGAAUAGGAUUAGAGGCUCAAGAACCUUUUUCUUAAAUCUCUGUACAGCCUGGGACUACCCCCCACCCCCAUCCCACACUAACACUGGAUCUGAGGCAGCUUCUCCACUAUGCUUUGGAUUUUCACUUAACAAAGUAUUUGUUGCAAAUUUGUACUUCUUCCCUAACCCACCAAACUAGAAUUGUGUCCAUACACAGCCCAGUUCUGUAUAAACAACUAUUCUCAGCCUUUGGUUGACCAAGUUUCCUUCAGAGCCCUGGAAACUGAAGUGAUGAAUAUUUGCUCUGCUUGUUCAUGUUGACUCUUUAUUCAUCCUUGCUUCCUGCUAUUCCAGACAUAUAUAGUUCUCUCAGGCUUUCUGUGGAAGGCUUAAGCUUCUCCCUUUACAUUUCUACUCUAUUUAGCUACUGUGCAGCACACCCAUGCCAUGGUUCCUUGCAUUUCAGCAUUCUCUGGCUUGUCUGCACUCAGGAUAUAGUGCCCUUGACUGUCUGCCAUGGACCAUGACAUAUGACCACCUCCUCAGAAGCGGGCCAACCUAUUAGCUCUUGUCAGUCAGGGCUAAAUUUAUUGCUCUCUUGCAGUACCUGUUUUUUCCUAUCUUUGGUUUCCUUCUGAUUACCUGUUAUCCAUCAUAGUCAUUCUUCCCCUCUUCUCUCCUGUGUUCACAACACCCAACUCCGUUUCCCCUUUAACUCCCCCCCCA